AGCCAUCCUUGCUCCCCCUUUUUUCCAGGCUUCUCUCUUUAUUUCUUGCUCUCUCCUCCUUUCUCACCCCUCCCUCCUCCUCCUAUUUCAACUUGCUUUCCACUGUCACCUCCCUUCCUGUUCAUAUGUCCCGGCAAGACUGUGUGCAUACAUCGAGGAUGGCUCAGUGCUCAGGUUCAGGCGGUGGGCUUGGGGAACCAGUCAAGCAGGCAACAGGACCAGCAUAUUUACCCAGACGACAGAGCUCUCAGCUGGGCUAGAGGCUUGAGAUUGAGCCGUAUCUUGGACCUUCAACCCUGGAGCUCUAUUAAUUCACCUAUAACUGAAAUUUAAUAUCUAAUUCUUAAUCAGUGGGACAGUUUUACCUCAGUGUGGAUCAUAUAAAUGCACAGUUUUUGUAUUUGCUACAAUUGGCACUUAUUUUGCACUUUCAGCAUUGAGCAGCUGCCUUCUCAGCGGUGGAUCUUGACGAGGUGAAACAGAAGAGCAUGCCCUGCCCCAAACUGGACCUUUGAGCUUGCUUAGAAAGCUGCUGUGGGAGAUAAGGAACAAAGAAACCGGGAAAUCUUUUAUAGGUUCUCCCUCUCACACAUCUGUGAGGGCUCCCUCUCUGACAAAAGCACAGCCAAGGAGAGGAGGAACAAAAAGAUCAUUAAGAGCUAAAAGAAAAGGAUAAAGAGAAGACUUUGGGUCCAUCCCUCCGUUCAUUCUUCUGUUCCCCUUGUGUUUCCCACCUGUGAGGAUUAAAUUGAACUGAAGCAGCAUGGCGCACGCUGCCUCGCAGCUGAAGAAAAGGGCAGAUGAAAUCCUCAUAUCUGCAGAAGAGGAGAAAGAGAAAGAGAGGAAGAGGACGAGGAAGCGUUCACGCGAUGUAAAGAAAAAGACGGAUGUAAACGCCUGUUAUCUACGAGCAGCUCGGGCUGGGAACCUAGAGAAAGCUUUAGACUACCUGGAGAAUGGGGUCGACAUCAAUAUUUGUAACCAGAACGGUCUGAAUGCUCUGCAUCUGGCCUCGAAGGAGGGUCAUGUGGAAGUGGUGGCUGAGCUGAUCAAGCAUGGCGCCAAUGUGGAUGCAGCUACCAAGCAGAAAGGAAACACUGCCCUCCACAUAGCUUCUCUAGCCGGGCAGGCAGAGGUGGUGAAGGAGCUCGUCACCCAUGGCGCCAACAUCAAUGCACAGUCUCAGAAUGGCUUCACUCCGCUGUACAUGGCGGCGCAGGAGAACCACCUGGACGUGGUGCAGUUUUUACUGGACAACGGCUCCAGUCAGAGCAUCGCCACUGAGGAUGGUUUCACUCCUCUGGCGGUGGCGUUGCAGCAGGGCCAUGAUCAGGUGGUUUCCCUCCUACUGGAAAACGACACAAAGGGGAAAGUCCGCCUCCCGGCGCUGCACAUCGCCGCACGGAAAGAUGACACCAAAGCUGCUGCCCUCCUCCUCCAGAAUGACCACAACGCUGACGUGGAGUCCAAGAUGAUGGUGAAUAGAACAACAGAGAGCGGUUUCACUCCUCUCCAUAUUGCGGCUCACUACGGCAACAUCAACGUAGCAACACUCCUGCUCAACAGAGGGGCAGCUGUGGACUUCAAGGCAAGGAAUGACAUAACACCCCUGCAUGUAGCAUCCAAACGUGGAAACACCAACAUGGUGCGACUGCUGCUGGAGAGAGGUGCCAAGAUAGAUGGACGCACCAAGGACGGUCUGACUCCUCUUCACUGUGGAGCCAGGAGUGGUCAUGAGCAGGUGGUGGAGAUGCUGCUGGACAGAGGAGCUCCAAUACUGUCAAAGACCAAGAACGGUCUGUCUCCCCUGCACAUGGCGACACAGGGAGACCACCUUAACUGCGUCCAGUUGCUGCUGCACCACGAGGUGCCCGUGGACGACGUGACCAACGACUACCUGACGGCGCUGCACGUAGCUGCCCACUGUGGGCACUACAAGGUGGCAAAGGUCAUUGUGGACAAGAAGGCCAACCCCAACGCCAAGGCACUGAAUGGUUUCACUCCCCUGCACAUCGCCUGUAAGAAGAACAGAGUCAAGGUGAUGGAGCUGCUUCUGAAGCACGGAGCAUCUAUACAGGCAGUAACUGAGUCUGGUCUGACUCCGAUCCAUGUUGCAGCGUUUAUGGGACAUGAAAACAUCGUUCACCAGCUGAUCAAUCACGGCGCUUCACCAAACACAAGUAAUGUGAGGGGGGAGACGGCACUCCACAUGGCAGCGAGGGCAGGACAGUCAAAUGUGGUCCGAUAUCUGGUCCUUAAUGGAGCUCGAGUCGAUGCCAAGGCCAAGGAUGACCAGACUCCGCUGCAUAUCUCAACUCGGCUUGGUAAGCUUGACAUUGUCCAGCAGCUGCUGGCCAGUGGAGCGUGCCCAGAUGCCACGACCAGCUCCGGAUACACUCCUUUACACCUGGCUGCCAGGGAAGGACACCGAGAUGUGGCAGCAGCACUGCUGGACCAAGGAGCUAGUCUGGGCAUUACUACCAAGAAGGGCUUCACUCCUCUGCAUGUGGCAGCAAAGUACGGGAAGAUUGAGGUUGCCAACCUGCUGCUGCAGAAAGACGCUCCACCUGAUGCUGCAGGGAAGAGUGGGCUAACUCCACUGCAUGUGGCAGCACACUAUGAUAACCAGAAGGUGGCGCUGCUCUUGCUCAACCAGGGAGCCUCACCACAUGCUGCUGCAAAGAACGGCUACACACCACUCCACAUUGCAGCUAAGAAGAAUCAAAUGGAGAUCACCACCACGUUACUGGAGUAUGGCGCCUCAACCAGCGCAGUAACACGCCAGGGGAUCACUCCUCUGCACCUGGCAGCGCAGGAAGGCAACGUGGACAUCGUGACUCUGCUGCUGGCCCGAGACGCUCCUAUUAACAUGGGCAACAAGUCUGGUCUGACUCCACUCCACCUGGCUGCCCAGGAGGAUAAAGUCAACGUUGCUGAGGUCUUAGUUAACCAGGGAGCUACUGUAGACCCUGAGACCAAGCUGGGAUACACUCCUCUCCAUGUGGCCUGUCACUAUGGCAACGUGAAGAUGGUCCACUUCCUCCUGAAAAAUCAGGCAAAGGUCAACGCUAAGACCAAGAAUGGUUACACACCUCUGCAUCAGGCUGCACAACAGGGACACACACACAUCAUCAACUUGCUGCUGCAUCAUGGAGCAUCACCCAACGAACUCACAGCUAAUGGGAACAGCGCUUUGUCCAUUGCCAGGAGGCUCGGCUACAUCUCUGUAGUUGACACACUCAAGGUGGUCACAGAGGAAACUCUAGUCACUCAGACUGUGACAGAGAAACACAAGAUGAACGUUCCUGAGACCAUGAACGAGGUGCUGGACAUGUCGGAUGAUGAAGUCCAUAAAGCCAAUGUCCCCGAAAUGAUCACAGAGGACUAUUUAUCUGAUGUGGAAGAAGAGAUGGAUGUUGGAAAUAUAUGCAUCAGCUAUUCCUGUGACGAUGCAAUGACGGGAGACACAGACAAAUACUUGGCCCCCCAGGACCUGCGGGAGCUGGGGGACGACUCGCUCCCUCAGGAGAGCUACAUGGGCUUCAGCGUCGGUGCACGGUCACAGAGCCUGCGUUCCUUCAGUUCUGAUAGGUCCAACACGCUGAACCGGAGCUCGUUCACACGGGACAGCAUGAUGAUAGAGGAGAUGCUGGCGCCCAGUAAGGAGACGCAUUUGGCAGUGGCUAAGGACGUUGACAACGACUCUCUGAGGAGGUACAGCUGGACUGCAGACGCGAUGGAUAAUGUCAACCUGGUCUCCUCACCAAUACACUCUGGGUUCCUGGUCAGCUUCAUGGUCGACGCCAGGGGUGGCUCCAUGAGAGGAAGUCGUCACAACGGGAUGCGCAUUAUCAUCCCACCCAGAAAGUGCACGGCGCCCACCCGCAUCACCUGUCGGCUGGUCAAGAGGCACAAACUAGCAUCACCUCCUCCGAUGGUGGAAGGAGAAGGCCUGGCCAGCCGACUGGUGGAGGUCGGUCCGGCAGGCGCUCAGUUCCUCGGGCCUGUGAUAGUGGAGAUCCCUCACUUUGGCUCAAUGCGGGGCCAGGAGAGAGAGCUGAUCCUGCUUCGCAGCGAAAAUGGAGAAAACUGGAAGGAGCAUCUGUACGACUGCAAGACUGACGACCUCAGUCAGCUCCUCAAUGGGAUGGAUGAAGAGCUGGACAGUCCUGAGGAACUGGAGAAGAAGAGGAUCUGCCGCAUCAUCACCAAGGACUUCCCACAGUACUUUGCAGUAGUGUCUAGGAUCAGACAGGAGACCAAUCACAUGGGACCAGAGGGCGGGACACUACGCAGCCAGAACAUCCCAUUGGUUCAGGCUUCAUUUCCUGAGGGGGCAUUAACCAAGAAGAUCAAAGUUGGACUGCAGGCGCAGCCUGUACCUGAGGAGUCUGUGAAGAAAAUCCUUGGUAACCGAGCAACCUUCAGCCCCAUCGUUACCGUGGAGCCCCGGAGACGGAAGUUCCACAAGCCCAUCACCAUGACAAUCCCAGUCCCGCCCCUCUCAGGGGAGGAGCUUACCAACGGCUACAAAGGAGACUGUACUCCCUGUCUUCGCCUUCUCUGUAGUAUUACAGGUGGUACAUCGCCAGCACAGUGGGAAGACAUCACAGGCACAACUCCGCUCACCUUUGUCAAUGACUGUGUCUCUUUCACCACCAACGUUUCUGCCAGAUUUUGGUUAGCAGACUGCCACCAGAUUCCAGAGACUGUGGGCUUGGCCACGCAGUUGUACAGGGAGCUGAUCUGUGUGCCCUACAUGGCCAAGUUUGUGGUGUUUGCUAAGAUGAAUGACCCAGUGGAGUCCAGAUUGAGGUGCUUCUGCAUGACAGAUGACAAGGUGGAUAAGACCCUGGAGCAGCAGGAGAACUUUGAGGAAGUGGCCAGGAGCAAAGAUAUAGAGGUUUUGGAGGGCAGGGCCAUCUAUGUGGAUUGCUAUGGAAACUUGACUCCUCUUAUUAAAGCUGGUCAGCAGUUGGUUCUUAACUUCUACGCCUUCAAGGAGAACCGUCUGCCCUUUUGUGUCAAGGUGAGAGAUCCCAGCCAGGAGCCCUGUGGUCGCCUCACUUUCCUUAAAGAGUGCAAGACCACUAAAGGCCUUCCACAAACCGCUGUGUGCAACCUGAACAUCACACUACCUGCGGUGAAAAAGGAAAUGGAGUCAGAUGCCGAGGAUGAGACUGAAAAGCCAGAGCGACGUCAUACCUUUGCAUCCCUAGCCUUACGUAAGCGCUACAGCUAUCUGACCGAACCUGCACUGAAAACAACAGUUGAGCGAAGUGCAGCAGCAAGAACACUGCCUGCUGGUUACUCUCACAAACCUGUCUUUCCAACCAGAACUUACCCACCAUGGUCGACUGCUCCUCUUACCGUCCCUGGCCAAACAAGGCCCAUUGGACUGGGGGGUUCCCUCGCCUCUACCGAUUCACCGGCAGGCUCACCAGCUGCUUCUCCAUUGAAAUCUACAUGGCCCCUCUCUUCCCCAUCACCUGCAUGUUCUGCACCUAUAAGAGUCACCCUAGGAGUUCCACCACCAGCACCAACCCUGUCAUCCUCAGUGAAAUCAGCCAGUGACAUGGUGUCAUCAUCCCCCAUCAGGUCGUAUAGGACUUCACCCAUUAAAACUGUAGUUCAACAGGGCCAGUACGCUGUCCAAGGGUCUGCCAGCCUUAUGUCCUCUGGAAGCCCGUGUAAACCUGCCACUGAUCCAGCAUCUAUCAAAAGCCUUGCGUCAGCAUACACAUCAAGGACUUCCCCACUUCAUUCAGUACCCAAUGGUUCUGUGCCAGAAAGGUCAUCAGUUCCUAUUACUGCUCCAGCAUCACCAAAGACACCUUACAAUAUGUAUAAUGCUAAUCUGUCCUUUAAAACUGCACUUGUGCCCACGGUUGAGACAGAUACUGGAGCAUCUAACCUUCCUUCGGUUAAAAGCAUCUCCAGCCUGUCCUCUUUGAAAACCUCUGUAGACUCAACUCUCUCAUCCCGGGGAGGGAGGGCAUCCCUCUCGUCUCUUUCCUCAACUGGGCAGACAACCAUUCCUUCCUCAGAACUGUCUAUGAUGAAUGGAUCAGUCUUGCCUGUUAAAUAUUCAUCCUCCUCCUCUACACCAUCCUCUCCUUCUCCUCGCCUCCUCUCAGAAAGAAGUAUCAGUCUUCAGGAGAGGAUCCAGGCCACCACACAGGCAGCAACUUCCAGUGUCAGUGCAGCCAUAAAUGAAGCUAUAGACUCGUACGCCGUCUCGAGCUUUGACACACUUAAAUCACUGUCCUCCACACAUAGAUCUGCAACAGCAAGCUCUGCCUAUGGUUCUCUGAGAUCUGGAGCUGCCUCCUCCAGCUCAGCAGUUUCAACUAAUACGAUGACUGUGCCUGUGUAUUCACUGGUCAACGUCAUUCCAGAGACCCCCCUCAAACCAGGGCCAGGGUCUUUUAAAAUGGCACUGCCUGAUUCUCCUCGUGUCUCAACCUCAUCUUCUUCCUCUUUGUCUUCCUGUAUCACUGCAUCAAAAAUAAAGUCCCAAUUGAAAUCCCCUCCGUUUAUCACACCGCCCAUCAUCCAUCCAACUGCAGCUUCCAACCAGGAAAUACUGAAAGAUGUAGCAGACAUGAAAGAGGAUCUGAUUAGAAUGACAGCUAUUUUACGGACUGACACACAAACAGCAGCUAAAACUGUACAAACAUCACAUACUGGCACACCUAAAGAGACUAAGUUAGAGGAUGAGGAGCCAUUUACUCUAGUUGAGAAAGUGAAAGAAGAUUUGGUUAAAGUAAGUGAGAUAUUACAGAAAGAUGUCAUGAGUGAAGGUAAGGCCAUUGUAGCUAGAGAGAGAACCUCAGAAGAUGAAUGGGAGGAAUUUUCUAAAGAUGAGAUUGAGGAGGCACAAAGAUAUGCCCUCUCAGAUUAUUACCCUACUUUUGAUGAAAACAUACUUCUUCUAAAACACCAAUCCAUGACAAGCAAAGACCUAGAGUUGGCUAAAGUACUAGAUUUUUUAACCAAUGACAUUGGUGCUAGCUCUCUCUCCAAAAUGACAGAGUUGAAAUGUAGGUUUGAGGAAGAAGAGGUAAAAUGGGAAGGGGAUGAAAAACAGAAACGUGUUCUCAAACCAUCUAUGUCCAUACAAGAGAACAAACUCAAAAUGCCCCCACCAGUCUCAGGCAUGCUCAGAUCUCCCUCAGAGAAGGACCUAAGCAAACUUGCUGAGUCAUAUCAGGGGACAGAUACUAUUUUGGAAUCACCCGAGGACCUGUCUCAUGAGCAGGAUAAGAGUCCUCUGUCAGACAGUGGGUUUGAGACAAGGAGUGAAAAGACACCCUCUGCUCCUCAGAGUGCAGAGAGUACAGGACCUAAGCCCUUGUUUACAGAUUCACCCAUCCCUCCCUGUGUAACUGAGACCAGGACUGACGUAGUCCACAUUAGGAGUUUUGAGCAGCCUGAUGAUCCUUGUGAGCCUCUAGUCGUGGAAGAGGCGGCAUCUGCUCUUCCUUCUAUAGAGCCAGAUGCAGUUUCAGGGAGCUCCACCAAGGCCUUGCAAAUGAAAAUACCAGAAGAGGACUCUAUUAUGAAUAAAAGCAUGUGUCUUAAAGAGGAAACUCACAUUACUACUACUACUAGAAUGCUCUAUCACAAGCCCCAACUGACUGAUGGCACAGAGAUGAUAGAGGAAGCUAUGUCAGUCAGAGACAUCAUGAAAGCUUUUCAAACAGGUAGGGACCCAUCUAAAGAACUGGCAGGCCUUUUUGAACACACGGCUAGCCCAGAUUCUAUCAAAGGUGAUGAGCUGACUCCGAGAUUUCUAGACAGAGACAUUAAAUCCAAACCCAAAGUUGAAAGGAUAAUCGAGGUUCACAUUGAAAAGGGCCACAGCACAGCAGAGCCAACCGAGGUCAUCAUCAGGGAAACCAAAAAACACCCUGAGCUUUAUGUCUACAAAGGGGACCGUGGAAUUAAAGAACUUACUGAUUACGACGAGGCCCAACAGGAAGAAGAAGAGCUUACUGUUGAAGAAUCCCUGCCCUCCUACCUGGAGACAUCUCGCGUUAACACCCCAGUGUCACAGGAGGAGGACAGUCGCCCAAGCUCAGCCCAGCUAAUAGCAGAUGAUUCGUAUAAAGCCUUGAAACUAUUGAGCCAGCACUCCAUAGAAUACUGUGAUGAUGAACUGUCAGAGAUCAGAGGCGAGUCAUAUAGGUUUGCUGAGAAAAUGCUACUGUCAGAGAAACUUGAUAUAUCAUCAGUGUCUCACUCUGACACAGAAGAUUCAGCAAUGGUGACUGAAAAGAAGCACCGCCUAGUUUCUGAGGAGGGUGGUAGCUGCAGCACUGAGAGCAUGAGUCAGCAGAAGGGAAGCCCAAAACGAGAAUUUGUUUCAAAGUCAUCAAAAGAUGGGUCUCCUAAAUCUGGCAAAUUCUUGCACAGGGAUGAACCAUCUCAGUUUGAUAAGGUGACAGUGCUCCAUUACUCCACAGAACAGGGCAGCCCCAAGCAUGCAGUUUGGAUGCGAUUUACAGAGGAUAAACAUGACAGGAGCAGGGAUAAGCUGCUUUAUGAGGAUAGGGUAGACCAAACAGUAAAAGAAGCAGAAGAAAAGCUCAGUGAGGUAUCACAGUUCUUCCGUGACAAAACAGAGAAGCUUAAUGAUGAGCUGCAGUCCCCUGAGAAAAAGCCUGUGAAACGAGACCCAAAAGAACCCAGGUCCUGGCCUAGCUCAGCCUGCAGUAGCCCCGAGAAAACACAGCAUAAACCUAAGGUGGGAGAAGAAGGGAUCAGUACAAGCAAACUCAGGGAGCCUUCAGUCAGUAAAAUGUUUGGCACUACCACAGCAACUGAAAAGAAAAGCUCUAGCUUACCAAGCAGUCCCCAGAAAAGCACACACUCUCAAAUCAGUGAGAGUAAAAUUAAACAAACUAAGACCAGUGAGUCUGAACCUUCUUCUCCCACGCAUGUAAAAUCAACAUCCAAAGUCAGUGCUGUGAGAAUGAAGUUUGAAUUGGAGGCUCAGAAACAAAAUCAGUCAAGUCCUACCAAAACUCCUCCUCCAGUGCAGCCAAAACCUUCAAUAAAGAAACUACAGGAAAGCAAACUUCCAGUUUAUCAGUUUUUUGCAGGAGGAAAAGCACCAAAGGCAUCUGAAACAUCAGUAGAAGGAAGUCCAAAAAAUGAUGUUGAGAAGGACAAAUGUGCUGCCAAAGACAGCAGUAAGCCUGCUUUGAUACCGAUAUCUAAAAUCCCAAAACAUACAGGAGACAUGCCACCAAACAAAACCAGCCCAGAGGCUGGAAGUGAAACUGAGACUGACAAAGCAUCUACUAAAGGGAAAGUUAUCCAUCCUAGUGUUCCUCAGGAAAUUAAGGAAAGCAAGGGUCAGAAGGUUCAGACACCUAUUGGUCAUGAUACUACUAGACUACAGCAGAAAGAUAGUGAUGCUAAAAAACACCAACAAGUUACAAAAAGUGAGUUUGCUUCCAAAAAAGUAAUAGCUGAGAUAUGCAAUAAAGAUAGUGAGGAACCGCUAAACAAAAACCUCAGAAAAAAGAUAGAAUCUCAAAUUCCUGUAAGAACAUUGUCUUCUACUUUAGAUAAUGACCUCACAAAGAAAGUGCCAGCAACUAAACCCUCACAGAUACCUGCAUUAUCAAAGACCAAAAUACAGACAAGCCCAACAAAAACUGAUGAAAAUCUAACUUUUGAAAUUCUAGAUAAUGCACCCAAAGACUCAAAUUCCAAUAAUCUUCCCAGCCCUAGAGAAAUUCUGGAGAAAGUCAUAACCCCUCCAACUACUGCAACAACCAAAGAUAACUUCAAAGGCAUCAAAACAUUACCUGUUUACGUUGGUGUCCAGUUGGGCAGGCAGGCAGAGAGGGAAGCCAAAGGAGCACUGUACACAGUCAAACAGAAAUCAAACUCAGCACUUAGCCCCAUUAGCCCUGAUGAUGACACUCUAGAACAGGUCUCCUUCAUAGACAGCUCAGGGAAAAGCCCCCUUACACCCGAGACACCCAGCUCUGAGGAGGUCAGCUAUGACCUGACCUCUAGGACCCCUGAUGGCUUUAUGGGAUUCAUGCCAGGGAAACCCAGUCCCAUCAUGGAAGUAUCUGAGGAAUCAGAGGAAGAUGACCAAGGCAAUGUGGUUUUUACUUUUAAAGAGGUACUGACAGAAAGCAAAACUAGUAUUCCUGUCACCCAAAUAGACAUUGUUAAUGCUAAUAAGCAAGAAACAGAAAUAAAUGAUAAUCAGCAAGAAUUAACAAAUGGUUUCAACCAGCAAGAAACAACAGUCAGUGGCAGGCUUGAUGAAAUAAUAAGGGAGGAGCAGCAGGAGGUCUCAAAAGACAAAGGUAUUGCAUAUAUUGAGUUCCCUCCUCCUCCUCCUCUGGACUCGGCUUCAGAAAUUUCAGACCCAGAGAGAAAAGGUUCCUGUGCCUCUUCAGAGACUGAGACAGAAAUGAUGGAAGUGAACUUACAGGAAGAACAAGACAAGCAUCUGCUGAUCGAGCCAAUUAUACGUAUCCAGCCUCCAUCCCCGGUAAAUGCAGGUGCAGAUGACAGUCAACUAAAUGCCGAGGAGGCAGAAGAAGAGGAGGAAGAUGAGUCAAUCUUCCAACCAAUUCCUUGUAAAAAAUUUACUUUCAAAGUUCCUGAAGAGGAACAAAGGAAGAAAGAAGAGGAAGAAAGGAAUAAAGAGAAAGAAAAGGCAACUAAAUCCAAAAAACAUGACAAAAAUGGAAACAACAAAGAGCCACAUGGUGGGACCAAUGGUUCCAGUGGUUCUAAAGCUUCUAAUGGCAAAGGAGAGGACAAUGAGUAUGAACAAAAUGGAAAUGACCAAUCAAUAACAGAUUGUUCAUUAGCCACAACAGCUGAAUUUUCCCAUGACACAGAUGCAACAGAAAUAGAUUCCCUAGAUGGAUAUGAACUUCAGGAUGAAGAUGAUGGCCUGUGUGAGCAGGCAGAUUUACGGCUGUUUGGUCUUCCAGACAGCCGGAGAGAUGUCUGGGCAACAGACAUGUUUAGGUCCACUGACCGCUCUUUUCCACAGACCAAACUCGAAGUUAUAGAAGAGGAGAAAACCUCAGAGGAAUGUCAAAAAGACACUUAUAAAAAAGAUACCCUCUCAAAUGGUGGAAAAUCUGAUGGUGUUAGUAAAGAUGAAGUUAAAAGUCAGGAACAAAAACCCUCAGAUAAAGAGAGAUUUUCAGACACUUACUUUAGUUAUAAAUUAGAAGAAGAGUUUAACUCUACUUUUAAGACUGUUGCCACUAAAGGGCUGGAGUUUGAUCCCUGGCCUAGUAAAGGUGGAGAAGAAGAAGUCGUUGACACAGGAGGGACACAGAGAAGCAAUGGUGAGCCUAAACCCUUUGGAUUGGCAGUCGAUGAGCAGUCUCAGGCCACAACGCCAGACACUACCCCAGCCCGAACACCAACGGAUGAUAGCACGCCAACGAGCGAGCCAAACCCAUUCCCCUUCCAUGAAGGGAAGAUGUUUGAGAUGACACGCAGUGGUGCGAUUGACAUGAGCAAGAGGGACAUGGUGGAGGAGAGGCUCCAGUUUUUUCAGAUCGGUGAGCAUUACUACUCAGCGGGCAGGUACAGGGUCAGAGAUUCAAAGGUAGAUGCCUCUUCACAACACAGGGAUCAGUUUAAUAUUCAGGAUCCCAAAGAUACUUUAACGAUCCCUCAAGUCUCCACAGAGACUACUACUGUCCAGCUAGAAACAUCAAAUCUGGCUGGCAGGUACAGCACAUGCAGCGAUUCAACCUCCAGCAUUCAGCAUAAACUUUCCACAUUUAGAACAGGAUUUAAGUUGUCAUCAGAUCAAACAUCUGAGGCUUCAACUAUCAGUUCUAAUUGUAGAACCUUUCAUUGUUUUAAUGACAUAGUCUCCGGAACAAUUGUAGGUAGUAGUUCUGUCACCCCACACUAUACAGAUUAUCAUCAUUUUAUUUCACAAGGUAUGACAGAUUUGAAUAACAGACCAUCAGGCAUCACAGAUUGUCAUCACAGAAUUCCUUCAGGUACAUCUGAACAGCAAGACCAUGUAGACUGGACCUCAGAGAAGCAGAACACUUAUUACCAAAGCACAGAUCAUUCUUCUGCACCUUCACGACAAAUGAGCAAUAUAAGUAGCAACAUCCCCAUCAAUUCAGAUGCAAUUCAGGCUGGCAGUGCUGUGCUUAACUUGUUGUCCUCUGGACUACAGGAGGUCAGAAGGAUAGAAGCAUCCUUCAAUCAGCUAGAGAAGACCAGCAGGGAAGGCAAGGAUUGUACUAAUAUAGCAAUAACAAACACAGGAGCCAAAGAGGUCAAAAGACAGAUAUGCAAGUCCAGGAUACCAGUGAGAGUGCCCAGCCACAAGCUAUGCAAUCAUAGUCAAUCAAUAGUGAGAGACAAGGCACAAGAAAAUGUUGAUAAAUUCCAGGUUAGUAAACAUGCGGUGCUUAUACAUGGAGAACGAUUAGACUCUUUUGACAAUUUAUUUCCAAAAUCUCGAAUCCCAAUAAUGAAAGUUAUUAAAAACCCCUCUUGUUCCCAGGAGCAGAAGCAAGUUAGAACCAAAUCUGUGGUUAGUGAUAGAAGCAUUAAAACCUUCAGGGGUAAUAAACAGCUUGCUGAAGGCAGAGCCAGCACUGACCACCGAUACAGUUUAGUGAAAACUCAGGGUAGAAGUAGCACACAUGAUACAAGGAGGAAAAAAACUGCAGUGGUCCUAAAAAAUUUUAAAACAAGGUCUGUCAGUAAGCAGGUAGCCAACCCUUUGGAUCAAACCAUUCCCAAGCAGGCUGAAACAAAGUUAGAGGGGAAAACACUACCCACUGAGGAUGAAGAGAGCUGCAACCUCAGCACUACCAGGAACACUUCCUUGUCAGAACCAUCUAGACCUUCUAGAAGUUCCCGCCCUUCAUGCACCUCUACCUCCACCCCCACCAGCACCACCACAUCAACACCAUCUGCUAGAGAAGAGAGAACUGAGAUUGAGCAGAACAGCAAAGAGAGGAUGAGGAGGAGCAGGAGGAAGAGUAGACGCACACAGGAGGAGGAAGAAGGGAGUCAGGUUGAUCAACCAAUCACGGCUCCUGUCACAGAGACUAGCCCUCAGAGUCCCUGUGAGAGAACAGACCUCCGCAUGGCAAUAGUAGCUGACCAUCUUGGACUCAGUUGGACUGAGCUGGCCAGGGAGCUGGAUUUCUCUGUGGAAGAGAUCAACUUCAUCAGAGUGGAGAACCCCAAUUCCCUGACAGCACAGAGCUUCAUGCUCCUAAAGAAAUGGGUUCACAGGGACGGUAAAAAUGCCACAACGGAUGCUUUAACUGCGGUGCUGACUAAGAUCAAUCGGUUGGAUAUUGUGACUUUGCUGGAAGGGCCCAUAUUUGACUACGGUAACAUUUCAGGCACACGCUGCUUUGCCGAUGAUAACGCAGUAUUCCCGGAUCAGUCCGAUGGAUACCCCAAUAUAGAGCUGGAGCUGCAAACCCCCUCAGACCUGAACUACGAGCCCCCUACUCCUCUGCGCUCUGACUACUUUUUUAGCGAGGGAAAUGCUAGCGUAGACCUCCCUAGUAAAACCACGCUUACUAGGCCUAGUGACCUCUCUCUCACUCAAACCACCAGUACCUCCAGCAGUGACCCAGUCACGGUUGCCACAGGCCCUGGCUCCUGUGUCCAGGAGCCCCCCAUUGUUGAAGCUGAAGAUACAGCCUUGACCACUGGAGAAAGAAUGGAGGAUAAGAUGGGGCUGGUUUGUUAUGAGCAGCCGGAUAAUGACAGAAGAGCAGUAGAGAAAUCAGGAAAGGGGACCGAAGAGCUGAAGGCAGGGCAAGGUGUUGUUUUGGAAAGAAACCAAAAACACGAUGCUGCUUCAGACAAUGGUCAUGGGAAUGGAAGAGAGGAAGAGGAAGAAGAGGAGAUGACCCAGGAGAGGCUGCAGAGUCUGCUGGAGGAUAUCAGGAUGGAGGGAGGUUUGGAGGAUGAGGAGAUGACAGAGGAGAGGGUGAAAGACAUCCUCGAACAAGUACGACAAGCAGAAAAGGUUGUGUGUUCAGUUCCAGGCUGGAGAAGUGAAACAUCGGGCGCAGUCGUAGAGUCGACGGCCCCUGGCCACAGCCCUGGCUCUGAGGAGGGCAGCCCUGACAGUCUCUGUGAUUCACUGGAGCAGCCCCCAGCUCUGACCAACAGACAGAACGGAGGCCACACUGAUGCAGCCAGGGACAGAAAAGAAAAGGAGGCCAUGAGGAAGGGACCUCAGGAGGACAGCAGCACAGCGGGACCAAGCAGAGGACGGGAGGAGGCAGGGAACAGGUCCCAGCACAAAGUCCAGGGAGAGCAGGCCAGAAACAUUCCUGGAGAGUCAGUGACGGAGGAGCAGUUCACAGACGAAGACGGGAAUGUGGUCACCAGAAAAGUGAUCAGAAAGGUGGUACGCCGGGUGUUCAACUCCGGGGACAGGAGGGAAAGCGAAGGUGAAAAGGUUACAGAGGAAGGAGCUGGUGGCGUAGAAACAGGUGGAGCAGACGCUGCUGCGUCUUCACCAAAAGCAGCAGCAGGAGCCACAGGGGGGAAGGGCAAGAAGAAAGGGAAGCGCUACCGGCAGGGCCACAAGGCCAACACAUGUCGGAACGCUGAGCCUGGAGAUGAUGCCAACAAGAAACAAGAGAAAAAGAGUCAGUCCUAACAGUUAAGCUCUCACCUGCACCUGGUUCACGGACGUCCCCCUGCGACACCACGCACACCCUGGGAGGAAAAAUGAAGGAGCCUCGCCAUUGAGCCACAGCGUGUCUGAAGCUUUCACCUACAGUGCAUGGUUUUCAACAAGACAACACAAAACAAGUUAUUUUUUUUUAUUUCGCAUGAGCAUGUCACCAAACCCGGUCCCUGAGGGAAACAACACGGAGAUGAGCUGGAGCAAACAUGAGUCGUCUCUGACCAAAGACUGCAUGAACAGGAAACAAGCAACCUGCUGACAGACACAAAGACCCGACUCACUCUCUGACACUCGCCAUAGGUGGUCUACUUUUUGCUCCUGGAGGACGCCCACGCUGCUGGGGGUGCGCCCUGUGGCUUCUUUUUUUAAAAACAACCGGAAAUGGGUGAUUGUUAUAUAAAAAAAUAUAUAAAAAGUAGCUUUCCAGAUUGUUUAUGCACUGAUUUGAGCUGAUGGAGCUUUGCAGUGUCUUUGUACUGCAAGGUCGAGUCUGGAGUGUGUGACCUGACGUGCGCUUCCCAGUGAAUCUAAACAGGAGCAAAAAAAUCUGUAUGUGAAUGAGAAACGAAUGAAGAUUUUUUUCUAAACAGCUUGAUUCUAAACAAAGGACACAGUUCUGUCUGUGGAACGCCGUCUUCAGAGAAACGAUACUUUGCUGCAUGUGAUGUCACUUUAUUUUAACGCUUUCCUUUUUUCCUCCUAACUCAAAGCACUGUAACCCAAUUAGAGGGGCGCUGAUGGUAUGUCUGUCUGUGCGAGCACUCGUUCUCUCCCAAACAUCUCUAACAGUUUCUUUUUUACAAAUGAAAACACUUCUCCACGCUAAAGCGAUGAGAUAACAAAGCUUCAUUCUUACGUUUCAGGACUGAAUGUAACCUGCCCAUUAGCUCCAAACUGCUAGCAGCCCUGUGUGUGUACCAUUAAAUCAAACGGUCUCUACGCCAGCGUGCAUACUAGACAUGUAUGUUUAGGCUUUUAGCUCUGCUGUGGUUUUAUAAAGGGAAAUGACUGAUGAUUUAUAUCUUUAUUUAACUGGCCAUAUUUACAUGAGAACAGAGAAUCUCAUUUUUAGCCCCAUUAUCCAAAUCUAGUCCUUUUUAAUAUCAGCUGAGGCAUAGAUCACAGUAUUGAUCAUGUGCUGUUAAAAAUCAGAUUUUCUGUACCUGUGUAAAUCUGUUUUGCCUUUUUUCAUACAAAACCACCCAUUGCUGGUGUUAAAUCUGGUACCGACAUGUAUGACAAACCAACAUAGCCUACACUGGAUGAUCCAAGUCAUUAUUUAAGCAGAAAAAUAAACUGUGUUUAAACUGAA